CAAAUGUCAAAUGUUGUGAUGAAAGCUGUAAAGAAAAAGUAUUGAAAAUUGAAAUUGAAAUAUCUUAAGAAAAUAUAGUAGAAAUAGUGAUAUUUGUGCUCAGGUCUACAAUAAGCUUCAAACAAUGUUUAUAUUUCUGGAAAUGGAUACAUGAUCUUUCAAGGGUUGAAUUCUGGAUGUCAGCAUACUAAUAUCCACAUUGAUAUUUCCUUUUUCUAUUCUACACGUCAGAUGCGAUGAUCCCCUUGAAAUAUUUGUGGGGUUUCCAUAAUUAAACUUUCCAUUCACAUAGUUAAAAUGCAAUCUAAUUCGAAAACCAAGGAAAUGUUCAUAUUAAGGGCUUUGGAGAAAAUACUCAAUGAUAAGGAAAUCAAAAGAUCCUAUCAUUCUCAACUGAAAAGAGCUUGUGAAGCUGCACUUGAACAAAUUAAAAAUGAAACUAUUGAAGAGAGGACUGAGGAUGAUAGAGUUUCUGAUGCUCUUCCUCUGCCAAAAAGUGGGGAAGCAAACAUAAUUACCACAGAAAAGUACUUUCUUCCUUUUGAAUUGGCAUGCCAGAGCAAGUCUUCCAGGAUAGUUGUUACUGCUUUGGAUUGCCUACAGAAACUUAUUGCUUAUGGUCAUUUGACAGCCAAUAUUCCUGACUCUACUACACCUGGAAAAUUAUUGAUUGACAGGAUUGUUGAAACUAUUUGUUCUUGUUUUACUGGACCUCAAACUGAUGAAGGCGUCCAAUUGCAAAUCAUCAAAGCCCUUUUGACGGUAGUCACCAGCCAACAUGUCGAAGUGCACGAAGGCACCGUUCUCAUGGCCGUCCGCGCUUGUUACAACAUCUUCCUGGCCAGCAAGAACCUCAUCAACCAGACGACAGCGCGCGCCACCUUGACUCAAAUGCUGAACGUCAUUUUCACGAGGAUGGAAAAUCAGGCGGUAGAAGCGGAAGUUCAGGCGGAACUGAACUCUGUGCAGGUCAGUAACGAUUCGAAGUCGGUCAAGUCAUUGAAGAUCGACGGACCGGAAAGCGAGGUUAGGAGCGACAGUGCGGAGGUAGAGGUGACUGGGGAGCAGAUCGUCGAAGAAGUUUUGGCUAAUGUUUUGGAUAAUGUUCUGGCUGAAGUGGGGGAGAAUAAACAGCAGGUUGAGUAUGGCUUGAAUUCGCCGGAAGUUGAAACACAAAGCAUUACAUCGUCAAUGACGAGAAUACCAUCCCAAGAAAGCAUGGACAUCCAUAGCGAAAACGACUCAGCAGUCACAGCGAAAUUCACUCACAUACUGCAAAAGGACGCUUUUUUAGUAUUCCGAGCCCUCUGCAAACUGUCCAUGAAACCCCUGCCAGAAGGUACACCAGACCCGAAAUCGCACGAGCUCCGAUCCAAAAUCCUCUCUUUGCAACUCCUACUAUCAAUCCUGCAAAACGCAGGACCGGUCUUCAGAUCCAACGAAAUGUUCAUCACAGCCAUAAAGCAGUAUUUAUGUGUGGCUCUGUCCAAAAAUGGGGUUAGUUCCAUACCCAAAGUGUUUGAACUGUCUUUGGCGAUAUUUCUGGCGUUGCUGUCCAAUUUCAAGCUGCAUUUGAAGAUGCAGAUCGAGGUCUUCUUCAAGGAGAUAUUCCUCAACAUAUUGGAGACGACCAAUUCCUCGUUCGAGCACAAAUGGAUGGUCAUACAAGCCCUGACGCGGAUAUGCGGGGAUGCGCAGAGUGUAGUGGACAUUUACGUGAACUAUGACUGCGAUCUUUCCGCUGCUAACCUCUUCGAGCGACUAGUCAAUGAUCUGUUUAAGGUGGCGCAAGGUAGGCAUUCCAUAGAGCUGGGAGCCUCUCAGAACCAAGAGAGGGCGAUGAAACUGCGCGGCUUGGAGUGUCUCGUCUCGAUCCUGAAGUGCAUGGUGGAGUGGAGCAAAGACCUGUACGUGAACCCGAAUUUGCAGUCCACCGUGGGGGAACAGGAGCCGAGCAAAGAGAACGACAAUAGUUCGUUGAAGUCGGCCCAUGGCGGGUCAACGGCCAGCUUUCAUUCCAGCGAUAGCGGCGGUGGAAAUAAGGAGGUGCUGGAUUCGCCGGAACAGCUCGAGGUUCUCAAACAACAAAAGGAGGUAUGGGAAACGGGCAUAGACACUUUCAAUCGCAAACCGCGCAAGGGCAUAUCCUACCUGCAGGAACAAGGUCUCCUCGGCCAGAGCCACGAAGAAGUGGCCAAGUUUCUGCAGACGGACGAGCGCCUGGACAAGACGUACAUCGGCGAGUUCCUCGGCGACAACGACGAGUUCUGCAAGCUGGUCAUGUACGCGUACGUGGACCAAAUGGACUUCACGAAGAUGGACUUCGUGUCGGCGCUGCGGCAUUUCCUGGACGGGUUCCGCUUGCCGGGGGAGGCCCAGAAAAUUGACAGGCUGAUGGAGAAGUUCGCCAGCAGGUACUGCGAGUGCAACCCGAACAAUGGCCUUUUUGCCAGCGCCGACACCGCUUACGUGCUCGGCUUCUCCAUCAUCAUGCUUACCACCGAUCUGCACUCUCCGCAGGUCAAGCACAAGAUGACCAAGGAGCAGUACGUCAAGCUGAAUCGCGGCAACACUGACAGCAAAGACGUACCCGAAGAGUACCUGUCGCAGAUCUACGACGAGAUAGCCGGACACGAGAUCAAGAUGAAGAACGUGGUGAGCAGGCCGGGCAAGCUGAUCACCACCGAGAAGCGCAGGAAGAUCCUGUUCAACAUGGAGAUGGAGGCCAUCUCGACGGCGGCCAAGAACCUGAUGGAGUCGGUGUCGCACGUGCAGGCGCCUUUCACGCUCGCCAAGCACCUCGAGCACGUGAGGCCGAUGUUCAAGAUGGCGUGGACGUCGUUCCUGGCGGCGUUCAGCGUCGGGCUGCAGGACUGCGACGAUCCCGAGGUGGCGGCUCUUUGCUUGGACGGCAUAAGAUGCGCCAUCCGCAUCGUGUGCAUCUUCCACAUGCCCAUGGAGCGUGACGCGUACGUGCAAGCCCUGUCGCGCUUCACUUUGCUGAACGCCACAUCGCCCAUCACCGACAUGAAGGCGAAGAACAUCGACACGAUCAAGACCCUCAUCAUGGUGGCGCACACCGACGGCAACUACUUGGGCGUCAGCUGGCUGGACGUGCUCAAGUGCAUUUCGCAGCUGGAGCUGGCGCAGCUGAUAGGCACUGGCGUGCGGCCGGAGUUUUUGGCGGGGCCGGGACACAAGCCGCCCGACCCGGGAUCCAAGGAGCGCAUCGGGCAGACCAGCUCGCAAAGCGUCGUCGUCGCCGUCGAUAGGAUUUUCACUGGGUCUACCAGGUUAGAUGGUGAUGCCGUGGUAGAUUUCGUAAAAGCCCUGUGCAAAAUAUCCCUGGAGGAGCUAGCCCAUCCCGGCCACCCCAGGAUGUUCUCCCUCCAGAAAAUCGUCGAAAUCUCCUACUACAACAUGGGCAGAAUCCGUCUGCAAUGGUCGAAAAUCUGGCAGGUCCUCGGCGAACAUUUCAACACGGUCGGUUGCAACCCCAACGAGGAAAUCUGCUUCUUCGCGGUCGACAGCCUGCGCCAACUCUCGAUGAAGUUCAUCGAAAAAGGAGAGUUUUCCAACUUCCGAUUCCAAAAAGACUUUCUCCGUCCCUUCGAGUACAUCAUGAAGAACAACAAAUCGCCGACUAUCAGAGACAUGGUGGUGCGGUGUGUCGCGCAAAUGGUGAACUCGCAAGCCAAGAACAUCCGCUCGGGGUGGAAGAACAUUUUCUCCGUGUUCCACUUAGCCGCAGGGGACCAAGAAGAAGCCAUAGUGGAACUGGCUUUCCAGACCACGGGGAAGAUCAUCGUGGAGCUGUACGAGAAACAGUUUGCCACGAUGAUCGAUUCCUUUCAGGAUGCGGUCAAGUGUCUGUCGGAGUUCGCUUGUAACGCUAGGUUUCCCGAUACCAGCAUGGAGGCCAUUCGGUUGGUGAGGGCUUGCGCCGGCAGCGUUGCCGGAUCGCCGCAUCUGUUCGCGGAACACGGCGGCAUGGAGAGUGACGUCACUGUCACGGAGGAGGAUCGUGUGUGGGUGCGCGGAUGGUUUCCGUUGUUGUUCUCUCUGUCCUGCGUAGUCAACAGGUGCAAACUAGACGUAAGGACACGAGCCCUUACGGUCCUCUUCGAAAUCAUCAAAACCCACGGAGAUGCCUUCAGGGGCCACUGGUGGAAGGACUUGUUCAAAAUCCUGUUCAGGAUAUUCGACAACAUGAAACUUCCCGAAAAGCAACCGGAGAAAGCCGAAUGGAUGACGACCACCUGCAACCACGCCCUCUACGCCAUAGUCGACGUCUUCACGCAGUACUUCGACGUUUUGGGGCCCUUGUUGCUGGAGGAAUUGUACGCGCAGCUGCACUGGUGCGUUCAGCAGAACAACGAGCAGCUGGCUAGGUCCGGAACGAAUUGUUUGGAGAAUUUGGUGAACUCGAACGGACAAAAGUUCAGUGAAGAAACUUGGGAAAAGACCUGUCAGUGCAUGCUGGACAUAUUCAACUCGACAAUACCAUCUGGUCUUCUGACGUGGAAACCAGACUCGAUGAAGACGACGGCUGUUAUUGAGCAGAACGGAGACGUAGGGACGAAUAAGGGCAUUUUGAAGAGGCCGAAUCACCAGGACUUCAGUGCGUCCAAUGUCGAGGUGUUCGAGAGUCUGGCCAUCAAGUCGGCCGUGCAGCUCGAGCUGAUCCAAACGAUCGACAACGUGGCCUUCUAUCCGGCGACGUCGCGCAAAGAGGACGCCGAGACGCUGGCGCUGGCCGCCGCGGAUGCGUCGGGAGGCGGGGCCGGGGGGGCGGGACGAGGGGCGGGGGCGGGCGAGUGCCAGCGCGAGGAGCAGGGCGUGUACCGGCUGCUGGGCGCGCCGCAUCUGAUGCGGCUAGCCGACUGUCUGCUGCAGUCGCACAGGUUCGCGAAAACCUUCAACCUCGACCACGACCAGCGCAACCUGCUGUGGAAGGCGGGCUACCGCGGUCCCGCCAAGCCCGACCUGCUCGAGCAGGAGACGCAGAGCCUGGCCUGUUUGCUGCGCAUCCUCUUCAAGAUGUACGGCGACGAGGGCAGACGGCAACACUGGCCGGCAGUCGAGGCGACGCUGAUAUCCGUGUGCCGGGAGGCGCUCGACUACUUUUUGAGGUUGGACAGCGAACGGCACCGCGACGCCUGGACGUCGUUGCUGCUGCUGGUGAUGACGCGGCUGCUCAAGAUGCCCGACGGCAGGUUUGCAGCCCAUGUAUCCAGUUAUUACCCGCUGUUGUGCGAAAUAGUCUGUGUUGAUCUCAAGGCAGAACUCCGGUCCAUAUUGAGGAGAGUCUUCCUGAGAAUUGGACCUGUCUUUCACAUUACUACAACAUAGUCGAAAGUGAAAAUUAGUCAUUUCAAAUAGUCAAAGUUGUACAUAAAUCCAAACAGUCCUAACCUCACUUAAGCGCGUGUCUGUUAACCUACGGAGUACAAAAUCAAUCAAGGUGGGAAAGAUUGAGUGCAUGUUUAUCUCGAAUUUCAUGAUGUUUUUCUCACAUUUUCGAUAGUAUUCUUUACAGGGUGUGUCUGUAAACUUUAGAUGGAAAUGAUCUUCAAACAACUGAUUCACCGUAUUGCCAUUUCCACAAAAUCGUAGUAUUUUCAUAAAUGGUAAAGCAAAAAUCGAAAAGAUUGCCCCAAAUUUACGCUUCUGACGUUGAUGUCUUUGUUUCUAUUGAAAUCGGUGUUCUCAAAUUUGAAACUAGAUAGGUAAAAAAGAGCAAAAUCCGUUCUGAUGAUUAUUAAUUUGCAUAACAUAAUAUCUUCAUUAGUGUGUUGAAAGGAUCAUCUGAAGGUUCAUAGAUACUUUGAAUAUUAUGUGGUUAUAAGAAUGGUUAAUUCGAAUUGGUAAGCAUAGAACAAGAUUCUUUUCGGAGGUUGAAAUAUUCAUAGAGAAUUCGUGUUGUUCAUCAUUAUUUUCAUUAAAAUAUGUUGUAUGAUUGUUAGUGAUUCUUCAUUGAAACGGCAAGAGUUAUAAAAUCGAUGAAUUGAUUUGUAUAAUUAGGAAAAUAUUUUAGUUUAAAAAGUUUUGUAUGCUUAGUUUCUGAGUGAUAAGCAGACAAAAUUCGUAAAAUCGUCGUAUCGGGGUAGGAUUGACAAAGAAAAAAAAAACAGUUUUUCCAGUAUAAAUAUGACAAAGUAAGCUAGAAAAUGUAUUGAUCGGAACUACACCAAAACUAUACCUAUAAUAUACUUUAUAGUUAUAGUUUUGGUGGAGUUGACUGUAUUAUUUUCUCCCUGUCCUGUAUAGUUAUAACCACAUAAAGUAAACCAGGGUGUAUACGAGGCACGGUCAAAAAAAAUUCAUUUUUCGGAAUUUCUUGACCGUGUCUCGUAUACAACCUGAUUUACAUGUUUAUCAGUCCCGAUCAAUAAAUUUUCCAGCUUACUUUGUUUUUACGAACUUUGUCGGCUUAUAUCUCAGAAACUAACCAUACAAAACUUUUUAAACUCACAUUAAACUCACAUAUCUUACUAAUGAGCCAUCCCAUAACAACAUAGCAUAGCAACAUUUCAGCCAAUUCGACCGAGAGCCAAACUUCCAUGUUUUCGUGCGGGGUCCUUUUCAACAGUCAAAUUUACUUCUCGGUGUAUGAGAAUUCAUUAAACACAUUUUUUUUUAGUUCAGAAAAAACUCUUGAAUUCAUAGUUUUACCCCUGAUUUAUAGAUUCCAUUACGCAUCUUUCAACGUUCUGCAAUCGGUACCGUAAGACGAUGAAAUAAAGUUGACAUUUAUAGAUUUUCCUGAAUUUGACACUCGUCAAUCUUGACAUAAUAAUUUGUGUUAUUAUUUUUGUUGGGACUCGAUAUAAAGAUAGUGUAAUGCUCGUCGUGACAUACCCCGUAUACUACAAAAUCCAUAGAGAAAGGUUUUCUACAAAAUCUUGGUACUUACUUAUGGUAUAUACUACUUCAGAACCAACUAAUAGUCGCAGCAUCAUCCUUAUAAAAAUCCAAAAUUCUGCCGAAUAUUCUACACAGAAAUCAUUCGAUUGAUUCACGUGUCACUCAACUUCACUUUUGAACAAACUCCACUUUUUCUAACCACAUCAUGAAAUACACACAAAAAAACUCAGUUGUAUCAUGUUAUAUACACACUAAAACUGAUACAAAACCCGGUAUAUUAAAAGGAAAAGUAAAUUCCGUGGUAAAUUCACUCUGCACUGAAACUCGUUUUUAAAUGCCAAAUGAAAAAUCGACCCUGUAUUCUUGUUUGCUUCCUCAUACUACUGAUAGAUUGUGUAAUGAAUAACGUAUGGCAUUACUCACCAAGAAAUUUAUUCGGGAUGAUAAAGAAAUAUGAAACAGUUUGCAAACGGUUUUCGGUGGGUGCGGAUAUGAUGCGGACCAUUUUUUCGUUUUGUAUACCGGGUGUUGUGUGAGUUUCAGUGCAGACUGCAGUGAUAAUUAUUGUGAUUUGACAGUGAAUUUACCUCGGAAUUUACUUUUCCUUUUAAUAUACCGGGUUUUGUAUCAGUUUCAUUGUGUGUAUAAUAUAAUACAACUGAGUUUUUUUGUGUGUAUUUCAUGAUGUGGUUAGAAAAAUGGAGUUUGUUCAAAAGUGAAGUUAAGUGAAACGUGAAUCAAUCGAAUGAUUUCUGUGUAGAAUAUUCGGCAGAAUUUUGGAUUUUUAGGAGGAUGAUGCUGCGACUAUUAGUUGGUUCUGAAAUAGUAUAUACCAUAAGUAAGUACCAAGAUUUUGUAGAAAACCUUUCUC